AAGAGAGCAAUUAUCCAAUCGACACCAUUUGCCAAGAAACAUGAUUUCAAGUGUUCUUUCUGAUAUUAACAUGCCAUCAGCCAAAACGAUUAUUUCUUCCACAGCUUCCAUAGCUGCUACAGCCAUGGUUGUUCGGUCAGUAGCCCGAGAGCUAAUCCCUUAUGAACUCCAACAUUAUGUUUACAUGAGCAUCCGUGGCUUCUUUAAAUCAUUUUCUUCUGAAAUAGUUUUGAUCAUUGAAGAAUUUGAUGGCCUAGCCAGCAACCAAAUCUAUAAGGCUGCUGAAAUCUAUUUGGGCAGCAAGGUUUCCAUUUCUGCUGGUAGCUUCAGAGUGAGCAUGCCCGAAAAAGAGACUAAGAUAUCCACCUUGAUAGCCAAAGACCAACAAGUCUUGGAUAAGUUCAAUGGUGUUCAGUUCAAAUGGACGCAAGUUACAAGGCAGGUUGAAUCAAAGAUCAGGUCCAAUUACCCUGGUCAAUCUUCAACUCAAUCAGAAAUUCGCUACUUUGAGCUAUGCUUUCAGAAUAAAUACAAGAAGAUGGUAUUCGAAUCCUAUUUCCCUUUCGUCAUCAAUGAGUCAAACAAGGUGAAAGAAGAGAAGAAGACCCUCCAAAUUUACACUAUGAAUGGUGAACACAUGAGGAGAUACUCGUAUAGUAGUUCGGGAGAUUAUACAUGGAACUCCAUCAAGCUAGACCAUCCUGCAACAUUUGACACAUUGGCCAUGGACAGAGAGCUCAAGGAAAUGAUCGUGGGCGACCUGGAGAUGUUUGUGAAAAGAAGGGAUUUCUACAGGAAAGUUGGCAAGGCAUGGAAACGUGGCUACUUGUUAUAUGGUCCUCCAGGGACUGGGAAAUCAAGUUUGAUAGCAGCCAUGGCUAAUUACCUUAACUUUGAUAUAUAUGAUUUAGAGCUAACUGACAUACGUGCAAAUUCAGACCUUAGGAGAGUCCUACUUUCAACAGGGAACAGAUCAAUUCUAGUUGUGGAAGAUAUUGACUGCAGCCUCGAUAUUGAAGAUAGAAAAGCAGAAGAACAGACUUUGAAGGCACUCAAACCUCAUAUAACUCAAGCUCAAACUAUAAAUAUUGUUAGGAAGCCAAAACCUCAGGAGGUUACGUUAUCAGGGUUGCUAAACUUCAUAGAUGGGCUGUGGUCAAGCUGUGGAGAUGAAAGGAUAAUAGUGUUUACAACAAAUCACAAAGACAGAUUAGAUCCUGCGUUAUUGAGGCCAGGCCGUAUGGAUGUGCACAUCCACAUGUCUUAUUGCACACCUUGCACUUUUCAGACAUUGGUUUUGAAUUAUCUUGGAAUUGAGGAUCAUCCUCUUUUCCACGAAAUCUUUGAUGUUUUGAAUGAGGCAAUGGUGACCCCUGCUGAAGUGGCUGAGCAAUUGCUGAGGAAUGAAGGGGUUGAGACUGCUAUGAGCAGUCUCCUUGAUUUCAUCAACAAGAAAAAGAAAGAAGCUGAUGAAUUCAAGGCAACAGGUUUGAAAAAUGAACAAACCGAGGGAGAAUUAGUUGACGAGAUUACUCAAGAAUAAAAGUAAGAGUUAGUUUUUGGACAUUCUUUUUGUUUAACUUUGAUAGUUGGAGUGCAUUUCGUUGAGAAAAGCAUCAACUGCUAUAGUGAAAAAGAAUGUUCUCUAUGAUGUGUGAUAUAUAUAUCAUUGUACACUUGAGUUAAUUCAUAAACCAUUUGAGCACUAGCUCUUAUU